GCGUUGCGGGGCUUCCAGGAUCUGCCCACGACUUCACUCUCCCAGGGUAGGAGACCACCAUUUCCCACAGCCCUGCUUUAAUUUCAGCAAGGCCUAAACCAAAGAAGCCGAGAGGCUCUUCCCCCACAUCCCCUCCCGUCAGCACUGAGAUGGUGAGGGGGGAGAACUGGCCUUCUCCAGAGCAUGGCCAGGGAACGGGCUACCUGGAUUGAUGAGGGAGCUGAAAGCAACAGUUUGGAGCCUGCAGGGUUGACAGAUCAGUGCCUCUUCUGCUGACUGUCCUUCCCCCCCCAUUUUCUUUGUUGGCGACUCCGGAUACAAACAAAAUCUUCCGACCUUCCCAUUAACAGCUGGAUGAGAAUCAGAGACUUGCAGGGUGCAUGGAAUGGCCGGCCAAUGCUAUUUAUUCCUCUGCCCCCACAUGGAGGGGGGAGCAGGUGUGAUUUGGGGACCUGAGACCCUAGUGCAUUGAGGAAUAUCAUCCUGGGGUUCAAUUUGCAAAUGGUUGCUGGGGAUGGACGGUCCUGAGAAGACCAAAGCAGAAAAAAUUGGGGAGGAAAAGGGAGAGAGACACCCCAGAUUCUGGCUUCUCUACUGAGGAGGCAGUGAGACAUUUAUAUGUCUUUUUGUAUUCUUAAAGCUGUUUUGAUUGCAGCCUCUGAGAGCGUGGGGACUGGGGAGCGGCUGGAGGGAACUGGAUAGUUGGAGUUGCUAGUUGCAGCUCGUGAUUCUGUUUGGCACGCAGCCAAUUGUUUUUUAAAUUUAAUUUUAUUUUUGGUGACAUUUGAAAGGGGCGUGAGUGGGAAGGGUCAGGGUGUUACAGAGCACCCAGCUGAAGGCUUCAGCACAGGGGGAGGCAGUGGACGUGCCCUUUUGGCUACUGGCACGCUCCCCCAUUUGGAGCCUGGGUUUCCGACUGGAACGUCUGGGUUGGGAAGGAUUUGGGUCUGAGGGGGAGAACUGAGAUGCCAUUGCUGAUGCCUCUUUGCCCUCGCCUGUUGGUUGCCCUGAGGUAAAUGGGAGCUGGAGCUCCUUUGGAGUAACCGUCGGCUGCAGACGGUGCCAGUUCUCCAAGGGUUGGUUGGGAAGAGUGAGCAGGCAGAAUGCCGGGGAACAGAGCCUUCUCUGAGCCGGAGUACUCGGCUGAAUACUCGGCUGACUACUCGGUUAGCCUACCCUCCGACCCCGAACGUGGGGUGGGCCGGACCCAUGAGGUGACUGUGAGAAACUCAGGCUCAUGCCUCUGCCUGCCGCGUUUCAUGCGACUCACCUUUGCCCCUGAGUCCCUGGAGAACCUCUACCAGACUUACUUCCGCCGGCAGCGCCACGAGACCCUGUUGGUGUUGGUGGUCUUCGCUGCCCUCUUUGACUGCUAUGUCAUCGUCAUGUGUGCCGUGGUCUACAACACAGACAAGCUGGCCCCCAUCCUAGUGGCCUCAGUGGGCCUUGCCGCCGAUAUCUUGCUCUUCGUCCUAUGCAAGUACGGGCUCCUGCCAGACCGCGUCUCCCGCAAGUUCAUGCCCUAUGUUCUCUGGAUUCUCAUCGCUGCCCAGAUAUUCUGCUACCUGGGCCUCAACUUUUCCCACUUCCACGAGGCCAGUGACACGGUGGGCUGGCAGGCCUUCUUCGUCUUCUCCUUCUUCAUCACCUUGCCCCUGCGCCUCACGCCCAUCGUGCUCAUCACGGCCGUCUCCUGCGGCAUCCACACCCUGGUGCUGGGGGUCACCAUCGCUCAGCAGCAGCAGGACUCCAUCAAUGGAGAGGCCUUGCUACGGCAGAUCCUGUCCAAUGUCGCCAUCUACCUGUGCACCAUCACUGUGGGCAUCAUGUCCUACUACAUGGCAGAUCGCAAGCACCGCAAGGCCUUCCUGGAAGCACGGCAGUCUCUCGAGGUCAAACUCAACCUGGAGGAACAAAGCCAGCAGCAGGAACGGCUGAUGCUUUCCAUCCUGCCCAAGCAUGUGGCAGAUGAGAUGCUAAAGGACAUGAAGAAGGACCCGAGCCAGAAAGAGAUGCAGCAGUUUAACACCAUGUACAUGUACCGCCAUGAGAAUGUCAGCAUCCUCUUUGCUGACAUAGUUGGCUUCACCCAGUUGUCGUCCUCCUGCAGCGCCCAUGAGCUGGUGAAGCUGCUGAACGAGCUCUUUGCCCGCUUCGACAAGCUGGCAGCGAAACACCACCAGCUGCGCAUCAAGAUCCUCGGAGACUGCUAUUACUGUAUCUGUGGGCUGCCGGACUACCGCGAGGACCAUGCCGUCUGCUCCAUCAUGAUGGGACUGGCCAUGGUGGAAGCCAUAUCCUACGUGCGAGAGAAGACCAAAACGGAUGUGGACAUGCGGGUGGGGGUCCACAGCGGUGCGGUGCUGGGUGGUGUGCUGGGCCAGAAGCGCUGGCAAUACGAUGUCUGGUCCACAGACGUCACGGUGGCUAACAAGAUGGAGGCCGGCGGCAUCCCAGGGCGUGUGCACAUCUCCCAGAGCACCAUGGACUGCUUGAAAGGGGAGUUUGAGGUGGAGCCCGGUGAGGGGGGGACACGGUGCGAGUACCUGAAGGAGAAGGGGAUCAUCACGUACCUAAUCAUGGUGCCCAAGCAGCCCCUCAAGAAUGGGAUCAACGGAGUAAAGCUGUCCCUGACGUCCUCCCAUGGGAACUCCCCGCUGCUGAUCAACACCAAGGAGUGUAACGGCAGCAUCAACACCACCUGCACCACGCCCGACGAGGCCGAGGAGCUGGACACCAGGGUGGUGAACCCGUCCUUCCCCAACCCCCGCCGGCGCCUGCGCCUGCGCGACCUGGCCGAGAGAGUCGUUGACGCCUCGCAGAAUGAGCAGGAGCUCAACAACCUGCUCAACGAAGCCCUGCUGGAGAGGGAGUCUGUGCAGGCGCUGAAGGGGAAAUACACCUACCGCCUCUCCAUGCGCUUCAUCAACCCGGAGAUGGAGACGCGCUACUCCGUGGAGAAGGAGAAGCAGAGCGGGGCCGCCUUCAGCUGCUCCUGCGUGGUGCUCUUCUUCACCGCCCUGGUGGAGAUCUUAAUCGAUCCCUGGCUGGUGGCCAAUUAUGUGACGUUUGUAAUUGGAGAAAUCCUGCUGCUCAUCCUGACUCUCUGCUCUCUGGCAGCCAUUUUCCCCAGGGUAUUUCCCAAAAAACUCGUAGCCUUUUCCACUUGGAUCGACAGGACCCGGUGGGCCCGGAACACAUGGGCCAUGUCGGCCAUCUUUAUCCUUACGAUGGCCGACAUCGUGGAUAUGCUCAGCUGCCUGCAGUUCUACUCCGGCACCAGCAACAGCACUGCAGGGACCCUGCUGGCGGGGGGCUGCGUGGAGGACCCCAAGUAUUACAGCUUCAUUGCUGUGCUGGCCCUCAUCGCCACCAUCAUGCUGGUGCAGGUCAGCCACAUGGUCAAGCUCACCCUGAUGGUCAUGAUCACCGGGGCAGUGGGCGUGGUCAACAUCUAUGCCUGGCAGCAGAUCUUCGACGAGUAUGAUCAGGAGCGCUUCAAAGAGAACGUGUCCACCCUGGUCCCCUCCAAGUACUCCAUGACAGUGAUGGUCUUCAUCAUGAUGCUCAGCUUCUACUACUUCUCUCGCCACGUGGAAAAGCUGGCCAGGACGUUGUUCCUGUGGAAGAUCGAUGUCCAUGACCAGAAGGAGCGGGUGUACGAGAUGAGGCGCUGGAACGAGGCUCUGGUCACCAAUAUGUUGCCGGAGCACGUGGCCCGGCAUUUCCUGGGCUCUAAGAAACGGGACGAGGAGCUGUACAGCCAGUCGUACGAUGAAAUUGGGGUCAUGUUUGCCUCCCUCCCAAACUUCGCUGACUUCUACACGGAGGAGAGUAUCAACAACGGCGGGAUCGAGUGCCUGCGCUUCCUCAACGAGAUCAUCUCGGACUUCGACGCGCUCCUGGACGAUCCCCAAUUCCGGUGCAUCACCAAGAUUAAAACUAUUGGAAGCACCUACAUGGCUGCUUCUGGCGUGACCCCAGAUGUCAAUACCAAUGGCUACAAUAGCACCAUAAAGAAAGAGGAGCUCUCGGAGAAGGAGCGUUGGCAGCACUUAGCUGAUUUGGCCGACUUUGCCUUAGCCAUGAAAGUGACCCUGAUGAACAUUAACUACCAGUCCUUCAACAACUUCAUGCUCCGAAUAGGCAUGAAUAAAGGGGCGGUGCUGGCAGGAGUGAUCGGCGCCCGCAAACCACACUACGACAUUUGGGGGAACACGGUGAACGUGGCCAGCAGGAUGGAGUCAACGGGUGUGAUGGGGAACAUCCAGGUGGUGGAAGAGACCCAUCUCGUCCUGAAGGAGUACGGCUUCCGCUUUAUGCGCCGGGGGGCCAUCUACGUCAAGGGCAAAGGGGAGUUGCUGACCUUCUUCCUGAAGGGCCGGGAGAAGCAGGGCUCUUUCGUUAAUGGCUCCUCAGUGACUCUUCCACACCAGGUGGUCGACAGCUCAUGA